AACGCCCACCAAGAUAUUUUUGCACGCCAGCUUUAGCAAAUUGGCAAAAUCAUUUUUUGUUUCAUAUCGCGUUUCCUUCCACGGCAAUUAUUGCUCUCACCUCUCCCAUCCCCACCAAACCUCCCCCCCUGCUCCUAAUCCGCAUCAUGAAUUAAUCCCCUGUUAUUCUCCGAUCUCACCAUCCCAGCUAUCCCAAUGGCCUCCUUCUCUCUUUCCCCCUCCCUCCACCGCAUCAAUCCGAUCCACCCCCGCAAGCCAGCCCAACAAACCAAACUCGCCGCCGUCCUACCUUGCCGGAGCCACCUCUCUCCGCCGCCGGAGAACAAAGAAAGCAAAGGAAAGGAGAUUCACCUCCGCCGGACUGCAUCCAUGAUCUACAGCAAGGUGGAGAAGCUUGGCAGGGAGUUGAAGGAGGCUUUGAGCCCUAAGCAGAAGGGAGACUGGAAGGAUGUUGCUCUUAUGAGCUUCUCCUUUGCAGUCUAUAUCUACAUCUCUCAGAGGAUAGUUUGCGCUUACUGUGCCUGGAUUUCUACAAUCGAUAAGCAGUUUUAAUUUGUUUUGGCAAUCAUUAAUUAUGUGUAUAAAUUAAGAUCAAUGCUUUAUUAUAUGCCAUGGAUAAGGAUAUAAGGGAUC